AUGGCUGAUAGCGGUUUGUAUGCAAAGAAGUUGAUACUAGCUCCAAUGGUACGAGCUGGUAGAACACCCCUCAGAACUUUGGCAUUGGAAUAUGGCGCUGAUCUGGUAUAUACCGAAGAAAUUGUUGAUAAGAAACUGUUAGAUGCGCUUGGAACAACUGAUUAUACCUGUGAAGAUGAAGUUAUUUUGAGGAUAUGUAAUCGAAUUGAAAAACAGAAAUGUGUCUUACAAAUUGGAACAAAUGAUGCACAACGAGCGGCGAAUGUUGUUAAAAAAGUUGAAAAGGAUGUGGCAGCGAUUGACAUCAAUAUGGGAUGUCCGAAGCCAUUUUCAAUAACCGGCGGUAUGGGUGCUGCUUUAUUAGGAAAUCCGGAAAAGGCGAAAGAGAUAGUACAGACAUGUGUUUCCACUUCAACAGUUCCAGUCUCCUGCAAAAUACGUGUCCUAGAUAAGCGGGAGGAUACAUUCGAAUUCGUGAAGAUGCUCGAAAGAUCGGGUGUUUCGGCAAUUGGUAUACAUGGUCGACGUAGAAAUGAACGACAAAAUGAUAUGAAUCGCCUAAAUGAGAUUCGCGAAGUCACUCGACUAGUUUCUAUACCAGUUAUUGCUAAUGGAUUCUCUGGUUCCAUUAAAGAAUAUGAAGAUAUUGUGAAGUUUUGGGAGCAAAGUGGUGCAAGUAGUAUGAUGAUAGCAAGAAAAGCUCUCAGUAGUCCGAGUAUAUUUCGUCCUGAAGGUUUCGUAUCGUUCGAAAUGGAAAUAUGUGCAUUUCUGAAAAAGGUUUGCAAAUAUGAUGAAAACUUUACUUCGACAAAAUAUGUGGUGCAAAGGAUUCUUGGAUCUAAGCAGGAAACUGAUGAACGUGGGCGGGAAACUGUCUUAGCAGGAAGUAUUUCAGAUAUCUGUAAAGCAUGGUCCAUUAGUGAUAUGUAUCAUUGUUAUAAAAAUAUUCGAAAGCAAGCAACACAAAAGCGAAGCUUUGAAGUGGAUAGUCAGACAGGAAUAAGCUUUAUUGAUCUUACAUUUCCUUCUAAGCGAUUGAGAGAUAGAAGUGGAGCAGUAACUCCGAAAUGUGUUUUGAAUACUUUUUGCGAUGAAAGUGGAAUCAAGCGACCAAUUUAUCAAUGCAAGCUUCGUACAACUGAUAAGAGAUAUGAGGCAAUCGCUGAAGUUGAUAGUAGAAAGUUCUCAUCGCGCAUUGGGCAACCAAACAGAAAGAUGGCCGAACAGGUGGCAGCAUUGGCCGCCUUAAUUGGUCUUGGUAAGCGUGAAAAGUUAUCUGGUGAUUGGGAAGAAUUGUGA